UAAAACGGGUAGGAAAAAAAACACAAAACACUGGGGCGUCAACAGAAGGGAAAGUGUGGAUAAAAAUGGCGGCUGUUUUACUGCAUGUUACAAACAUUACUGUGUCUGUGGGACAAACGAUGGAACCCGAGAAAAGCUCCAGUGUGGUGAAAGACUUUGAGAGUGUGGAGCUCAGUGACGCAGGAAGGAAGCAGAAGGUCCCACGCAGAACCAUUUACUUUGCCAGUGGUGAAACGAUGGAGGAGUUCAGCACAGACGAGGAAGAAGAGGAAGAGGAAGUGGAGCAGCGCAAACAGACUGCCAUGAGCACCAUUGAUUCGUCAAAAUUAACCUGGGGUCCAUAUUUCUGGUUCCACAUGUGGAGAGUGGCCACCAACACCAUCUCAGUGUGUGAUUAUCUGGGAGAGAAAUUGGCAUCAAUGAUGGGCAUCACCACACCCAAGUAUCAGUACGCAAUUGAUGAGUACUACAGGAUGAAGAAAGAGGAGGAAGAGGCAGCGGAGGAAGAUCGUCUUUCUGAAGAAGCCGAGCGACAUUUUAACAGUCAGCAGCGUGAUAAAGAACAGAAUCCGACCGUGGAGCAGCCUGAAGGGACGAGUUCAUUCGUCAACAUGAGUUUCGAAGUAGAACACGAGUCGUCCUCAUGAUCAAGUGCCUUUUGUCCACAUUAAUCUCUCAUCACUGAUGAUAACAAUAUAUUUAACCAAGAAAACUAUCAAAAUUGACCUGUUUAUAUCUACAGCUGUGUGUGUGUGUGUGUGUGUGUGCAUAUAUUUAUUUAUAUGCUAAGUGCAUUAACACCUGUGCGUGUUGUGAUUGUACACUUGAGUUGUGGUAUGAGACGAGACGCUACACGUGUGUGUGUGUGUGUGUGUGUGUGUGUGUGUGUGUGUGUGUGUGUGUGUGUGAUCGAUACACAAACUCCAGUUCAGUGCUGAUCUGAUUCACUUCUCUUCAGAAUCAGAUGUUUAUUACCAGGCGUUUUGUGUUUCUCAGUGACGAGCGGAGAAUAAAGUGUCUGCUGAAGGAUCUACAGUUUAAAGCUGCUGUUAGUGACGAAAGAAACAAACCUGUAUAAUGGAGGUUCCACAGCCUUCGUUGUAAACAGAUAAAAACGACGUGGUGGUUUAACCUCAGCACCUGAGACACACCUCUGAUGACUCUCUCUGGAUUCCCCCCCCACACACACACACACAGACACACUUUAUUCUCCAUGUUUAAGCGACAUGACGACUUUAGUGUCCCACAUUUGAACCCUUUUCGUGAACCUUUUACCACUCGAUGUUGUCCCGAUGCUGCAGUGUCUCAUGAUCACAUUCUGUACAUACACAAAUACACAACCUUCAUUUCAUAUUUAAAUCUACAGUUUAAGGAUUAAUCUGAUGUGUUAUGUGACGGUCAGAAGUGUUUCACACAGACCAAUCAGUCAACACGGGAGAAAUGUUCACUUUAACCAAUUAAACAGAUCGGAGGCGGGGUUUAGUUUACAACUAAACAUUUACAACAAUCAUUUAACCUGCUGAAUCUUUUUUAAUUCAUGAGGUUUAAUCACAUCUCGGUCAUCGUGUGGACGUCGAGAUCUCUCCGUAUAUAGCUCUGGUUUCAUCCUGACGAACUGAUCAUGAACGACUGAAAAAAUAAUGACCACCUCGUGUGUGUGUGUGUGUGUGUGUGUGUGUGUGUGUGUGUGUGUGUUCACACUUUAAUCUGUUUACAUCAAUCACAACACAACUUUAAAACUGUAUAAUUUAUUUGUGUACAGUUCCUUUACAUGUAUGUCUCUCUCCCUCUCUGUCUCUCCUCCCCUCUCCCCCCACUCUCAUAUGUUCAGCUUGUUUAAAUAAAACUGUACAUAACGUGACUUACUUUAAUAAACUAUUGAAACUUAA